UUGUGUCUGCUUUACUAAUGUUGUUUUGAGGCCAAAAACUAAUAUUAUUGGGCUUUUACUUCGAGUUUAAAAAGCGAAACUUAAAGACAACAAGAUAAAGUCUAAUACCAACAUGGAUUUUUCUUAUGUUGUGCUUUUAAAGCCGUCUGAGAUUCGCUUUACUACCAAAUACGUGAAAGAAAGAUUUGACAACAGCAUUCCCUUGAAAGAAACCUUGACUCAACUACAGAAAGGAGAGAUUUUGAUUGAUGAUAUUCCAUUUAUUGACGUUAUUUGGUACCAAGAAAAGUGGGAAUGGUAUACUUUGAACAACAGGAGACUUUGGGUGUUUCAACAGCUAGAGAAAAGUGGUCAAUGCCAGCUUAUCAAGACGCGUAGAAUCGAAAGAGUCGAGAAUAUUUUUGAGUACCCAGCCUUGCUCUACGGGUCAGCAACCCUGCAAGCAAACCUGCAGAUAAAGACGGAAAGUCCCUGUAAGAAAGUCAGUGUUCAAGCAGCGUGGAAUUCACGAACUGCAGAAGGAAAGGUUCGGAAAAGACGAAAAGAAAGCUUCGAGUAUCAUGAGAUGCGAGUGAGUGUCGAGGAAAAUUACAGCAAACAUCAUACCUCAGGCUACCAGACCUACCACAAAACCUGCAUGGUUUCUGAAUACAAAUCACGACACCAUCUCAGUAGCUCCAGAAACUCAAGAGGAAGACAUCGUCAGAGCCGCAUUAACCGCAAUCUUUCCAAGAGAUCCUCAAGUUCUAGUUUGAUGAAGUUAGUACCAAGUCGUAGACAUACUAUCUCAAGAGCGCGAGAACUCCAAGAGUUCGAGGAUCGGGCAUCUAAGGGAACCUAUGGUCCUAUCUGUGGAAUCGUAACCCGAGAGUUUUGGCAGAAAAAAAGAUACGAGUUCCUCCAGAGAGUUUAUUCACUACACACAGGACGUCUCAGGGAUCCGGGGACCAUUACUAAUGUGAUGUUUACAUGCGGAGUGUGCUACAAGAGCUUUAAAACUCGCGUGAGGCUUGAACAACAUUCAGAGGAACUGAUGCAUUAUGCAUGCGUACGAUGCGGAAGGUUUUUUACCAGCAACACUGCUCUUGGUCAACACCGCAUCGCUCUUACUCACUACGUGUACUAGAUUUACUAGUAUUGAUUCUGAAUGAAUAGUGGUGAAACAUUGAUAUAUUGAAGCAAGAUAGCAUGAUUGAAGUGAUUCACUUGACUUUACUAUAUAUGAAACCAUAUUUUCUGUUGUUCCCGUUUUCCCUGUUAAUCUAUUUUUGAUAUUCAAAAUCGACACCUGUUGGGUAACCGGUCAUUAUCUGGGAGACAAGGUAGUGCAAGUCGUGUAUGUUUUGUUCAAAUUAUCCUGACCACCUCCCCCCUUGUAGCUUGCACACUUUUGACUCRUACACUUUGUGCUAUGCGGUUACAUGGGGUGAGUCAGCAUUGCAGUGGAUUGCGUGACUGUCUAAGGAGAUAUAUUUCCAAUGUUACAUCUCCUUUGUCCCCUAAUGGCUAAUCUUUAAUUACAUCAACAUUUAUUAACUUACAUUUAUUUCGUCUCGUUUUGUUCAAAAGGUUUGAAUAACCUAAAGGAAAGGGUGCAUAUGUUGACAAAUACGUAUGCAAUACAUGGUUACAAGU